CACCGCAGGGGCCCAGGGCAGUGACGAACAGCUGGGCGGAACAGAUGCGUUUACUACAAGCUGAGAGAGUCUGCUGCUCCUGCAAACAGUGAACCGCCGUGGAUGGACUCGGCGAGACGAGCACGUUGUCUGAGUUGACGCCGUGUGCAGGGUCCUCGAGCUGGGUCAAAGGUAGUGUGUGAUUGAGCAGGGCUGCAGUGCCAGGAAAGACCGGUUGGUUGUCAUGGAGCAGAGCCCGGCUGUGGCGUGGACUUGGCUGCUGGUGGCUGGACUCGUCCUGGCCUCGCCUCUAGCCUUCUCCGUUGCAACCCCGAAGGCUGUCCCACGACCCCCGCGGCUAAUUGGCUGUGUGUUCCUAAAUCGAGCUAACGUCACCUGCCGCUGGGAGGCUGGAGACACCCCAGCGACGUACUACACUCUGCAAGUUCAGAGGGUGCCUUGGCUACACAGAGCUGAGGCCUCAACAACAAACAGACCUUUGAAUACGUUCACCUGCACCACGUCUGGCACCAGCUGCACAGUGAUCACCGGCUCAUCCGUGAGGUUCACCUUUUGCAUCACUGUCACAGCACACGGUCACAGCAAGGACACACAAUCAGCAUGUCGGUGUCAGUCUGGUAGGACUGAAGUGAUGUUACCUCCAGUGACUUUGGACAGCAUAAAACCAGUUGCUGGGAGACCUCAAUGUCUGAAUGUAGUCUGGAACUGCACCUUGCCUGACUUUACUGUUCCUGAGUUUCCUGUGUCUUUCUCUGAAAUCAAAGCAGGAGACCUGACAUCCCAAAUUGAGUUCACACCACGCGGACAGUUCAAUGUUCAGGUCAAAAAUGUGACAGUGACAGGCUUCAGCUUCCUUGUUUGUGUCUUCAGACCUGACACCUCAUACACUAUCAGGCUUCGUCACCGCUACCAGGGCCCACAGAGUCCCUGGAGCCUGUGGAGCAACACCCUCCAGGGAAGGACUGGAGAGGACGCUCCAUCUGCAGCACCAGCCUUCUGGAGGCAAGUGAAACAAACAGAUAAGAACGGUUGGAGACCCGUGUCCCUGCUCUGGAAGCCCUUGCCUCGCUUUGUAGCCCGUGGCAGGGUUCUCUUCUUCAAUGUGACUUGUCAGACAGAAAGCGCUCAGUUCCUGAAAGAUCACGGGAGCUGCAGAGAUUUGCACCACACAAAUACUUCCUGUAGCUUGCUUCUCCCUGCCGGACGAUGCUCCUGCGCUCUGACGGCCUCCACCGCUGCGGGAACCUCGCCAGAAGCCCGAAUGUGGCUCCUUGGAGCUUCUGAGACAGAGCCACCACCCCUUAGCCAAAUCACUGUGAGUCCACUGGAUGACAGUGGCUUGGAUGUUCGUUGGAUGGCUCCAGUUGACUGGUCAACGAGCGGCUUUGUAGUGGAGUGGUUUGCUGCCAGAGAGAUGAACAGCAGCAUCCUACACUGGGAAAGGCUGAAUAGUUCCUGUACAGCACUGGUCAUCACAGAGGGACUAAAGCCGUUGGAGCGCUAUGUUGUUUCGGUCAAAGUGCUGUAUGGUGACCGAGGAGUGGGGCAGAACAGGACGGUCCACAUUUACACACGCCAAGGAGCGCCCUCAGCUGGUCCUAAAGUGGCGGUGCAUUGGAUCUCUGGUAGCACAGUGGAGCUCAUCUGGGCUCCUGUACCUGUGGAGCUGCUUCAUGGUUUCAUCUGCAACUACACACUCUACUACUCAGCUGCAAAGCAACCAGCCAAGAGAGUGUUUGUGCCUGGUCACGCUCACCGUUACUCUCUAGAGAAUCUGUCGCCUGGUAACUACGACAUCUUCAUGCAGGCCAACACUGACGCUGGAGCUGGAGUAGCUGGGCCCGUCGCUAAAGUGCACAUAGGACCUGAGGAAAUAUCGAUAGUGAUGCAUGCCCUCCUUCCUCUCAUCCUGACUUCACUGACGCUGGUGCUGAUGGCCUGCCUGGCACAGAAUAAGAAGGUGAAACAGAAGCUGUGUCGAGACAUUCCAGAUCCUUCCAAUAGCAGCUUGGGCCACUGGAUCCCCAAAACCACUUUGGAGAGUGUGAAGCAGCCUGCAAUGGAAGAGAAGACCAAAAUCAAAUACUCAGAAGUUAUUUUGCUUGGUGACAGUUUGCUGCAGAACUCCAACCCAGAUCAGGACCUCCGCUAUCAAAGCGCCUGUUAUCUGCAAAACGACUCCUCUCCCUGCUACUCUCUGCUCCCGGUUUUGGGGACUCAGAUACCUCAAAAUAGCAUAAAAUCGGAGCAAAAGUGCACCAAAAGCUCAGUCAAAGCCAAGAUGACCUCCAACACUGAUCUCUCCUCCUGCCCCACCAUCUACUCCAAUGUCCUCCUCUCUCAGACUCUCAAAAAUCUGUCUACACCUCUCCUAUCCCUCCCCUAUCCCCAAUCCAAUGACUGGCAGCACAGCACUGUCAGCGUUAAUGAUGUUAAACUCCAGCUAGGUGGAGACAGUGAGCCAUCUAUUUCUCUGCAGGGCAGGAGCGCCACAAAAUCAGGUUCACCUCUUUCCCAAACAGAUGAACUGAAAACCUUCCGCCUUUUUCUGAGACAUCAUCAAAGCCCCGUCUCCUUCUCUGACUUCAGCAGCAUCUAUCAUUCAACCGUCUUGCUUUCUCACCCAGCUGAGGUCACGUCGCCCCAACACCCUUUUUCUCAAAACCUCUACAACUCUGUCCCGUCACUCCAGUCUGACGACUUCACUCGCACCAAUCUUCUUUCUAAUACAUCGAUUUCACCUCACUCUGUUUUUGUGGAUUUCUCAUACUGUUCUGUGGAGUGUGAUCCUUAUAUUUCCGCUGCUGUUUAGUUCCAUAGCAGCAAAAUAAAACGUUGAUUUGUUUCA